AUGAAUUGUUGGAAUAUAAACACCAUCAUUCCAUUUCUAACUGCCGCACCAGGCACGACAACCGUACACCAGCCUGCUGUAGUUGGUGCUGUCAACGUUGACGAUGUGUAUCCUGUACCAGACAAAACACCCAAGCACCAGUCGGCUGUACGUAGUGCUGUCAACGUUGUCGAUCUGUAUGCUGUACCAGACAAAACACCCAAGCACCAGUCGGCUGUACGUAGUGCUGUCAACGUUGUCGAUCUGUAUGCUGUACCAGACAAAACACCCAAGCACCAGUCGGCUGCACGUGGUGUUGUCAACGAUGGUGACAUGUAUGCCGUCCCGGACAAGAGACCCACACACCAGCCAGCUGUUGGCGGUGCUGUCAACGUUGAUGAUCUGUAUGCCGUACCGGAUAUGUCAAUGAAAACAAAGAACGGAACAUAUAAUUCUCGGUCCGAAGCCGACAGUGAAAUCUAAAUGGAGGAAGUGACGUCAACUUAAUCGGUGCAGUCAUGGUUCUUGGCGACACAACGCUCACAUUUGCCAGACAAACAAAUUCAAAUGGGGCCCUGCUCCUUUGGAUGUUCUCCUUGUUUGGUAUGUCUCAAUCCCCCUCCUGUGAUUAAUCCCGUGUGGAACUUAGACAUUAUUUCAACGUAAAGAGUGUAACUGUUAAGUUGAUAUAAAUGUACAGUAAACUGCCUUUAUAACAAACACACUUAUAAAUUACGAACUGACGUAAC